CACUUUCUGUGCUGCCUUUGUAACACUUCCUAGUAUACCUUCUGGGGGUGGCAUGAUGUAGAUCUACCAUUGCAUCCUGUAAAUGUAAAUUUAUAUAAAAGUUCUUUUUGAAAAUACUAAAUUAAAUUCAGUUACAUAAUUGCACACUCAUUCUCUUUCUAAUCAAAAUGUGCGAUUUCAUUUUGUAGCAUCAACAUUAGUAACUGUGCCAAUAAUAUGAGGAUAACAAUUGCUCGACGCAACUUAUUUCGACACGUUUUUUUCUAGUGGAGAGUGUCAUGUCAUAUGGUAGGCGUAUCGGUAGUUAUCGCAUGCCGCAAGAGUAGAAUAACAGUAACAUGAGAUGGUAGUGUUCAUAAUCCUAAUUUGAAGUUAUUUACAGUUUACGUUUAUAAUCACCUACACAUUUGCCUCAACUUGUGGAAUUUAACAUUCUGAAACUUCCCGUAUGUGAAACGUGUGUACAUGCUUUCAAAUUCUUUUCAUAGUCACGUACAUCUGUUGUAACACAGCGUCAGGUAAUAUUUACUAUGUGCUGGAAGACUCGCAGCUCGUCUAAAGUUCAGUGAUAAGUUUGCUGGCACCAAACACUUUACACCAUAAAUUGAUUUGACACUUGACACAGUGGUGUACAUUCGCAAACGUUGGCAAUCUUGAUUGUGUGCAAACUGCACAGCGCAAUAUUUGUGCUUACAGAGAAGCACAAGUAUCGUGUUUUCGGUGAACUUUGCGAUUUGUGACUUUUUGUGUACGGUACAAAAACAAUCGAGAAGUGGGUGUUAUUAGCUUACUGCUUGAAUACAACUGAAAGCCGUGUGAUCGCCGUCCCCAUCACAGAUCUGGAAUGGAUGAUUUAGACGCGCUGCUGGCGGACCUGCAGAACACGACCCUGGGCGGCGCCCCCGCCGGCCCCGGCCCCGGGCCCGCCCUCGGCCACGGCCACGGCCACGGCGGCACGUACCCGGGCUCGCACGCCUCGGCCAGCCCCACGCCGCCCCCGCACUCCUCCGGCGGCUACGGCUCGCUCAGCGGCCGCGGCCACCACGUGCGCGAGGCCGUCACCACGACCACGACCACGACCGAGUACCGGCCCGCCGGCGCGCCGCACCCGGAGCCGCCGCUCUCGCCCACAUAUCAGAAUCAGCGACUGAUUAAUGAUUCUGUAAUGACCAGUAAGACAGCCUAUCAACAAAGCACUCCUGCAAAAAUGCCAUCACUGAAUAACAAUCUUUCUGAACUGGACACACUGCUUCAAGAUUUGAGCAAUGCACAUUAUUCAAGCUAUACUGAAAGAAGAGAUAUGAGCACAGUAAAUGGUUCAACAACACCAACUGGACGACCUUCAAGCUCACAAGAAACUAGAGUCAGACCAUCAGUUGAUAGCCUACUUGAUGAACUAAAUACUGUAGUCCCAAAUGGUGAUGUAAAUGAUACACAUCAGCAGACAAGUUCUAUGAUAGUUCGGGAAGUCAGGACAGAUAUCGACUAUCCGAAGACAUCUAGUGCUGGUGCAUCUGCAGCCACAAAAGAAUUAGAUAUACUGAUGGCAUCAUUGGCAGAUUUCAAGAUCAAUGCCAGCACACAUCAGCAUCAGACAGUAACUGAUUCACCAUACGCCAAACCAAACAAAGCUACAAAAAGUUCUCCAGGACCCCAAGCUUCUCCCCAGAUUCAUACCCAGCAGCUGACAUCGUCUUCUGCCACAACUGUUAGUAGCUCCAAACAGAAUCAACUUGAUUCUAUGCUUGGAAACCUUCAGGCAGACAUGAGCCGUCAGGGGGUCAACACGACUCAAAAGGGAUGCUGCAGUGCUUGUGAUAAACCUAUUGUUGGACAGGUUAUCACUGCUCUUGGUAAGACAUGGCAUCCAGAGCACUUUACUUGUACACACUGUAACCAAGAACUUGGAACACGGAACUUUUUUGAAAGAGACGGUCAUCCUUAUUGUGAACCUGACUAUCACAAUCUCUUUUCACCUCGUUGUGCUUACUGUAAUGGCCCAAUUCUUGAUAAAUGUGUAACUGCAUUGGAGAAAACAUGGCACACUGAACAUUUCUUUUGUGCUCAGUGUGGAAAACAGUUUGGUGAGGAGGGAUUUCAUGAACGUGAUGGAAAGCCUUACUGUCGUGAUGACUACUUUGAUAUGUUUGCACCAAAGUGCGGUGGCUGCAAUCGCCCAAUUAUGGAAAAUUAUAUCUCAGCUUUGAACAGUCAGUGGCAUUCUGACUGUUUUGUUUGCCGGGACUGCCGACAGCCAUUUCAUGGUGGAUCAUUCUUUGAUCAUGAAGGUCUACCAUACUGUGAGACUCACUAUCAUGCCAAGAGAGGUUCUCUCUGUGCUGGUUGCCACAAACCAAUAACAGGUCGCUGCAUAACAGCAAUGUUCCGCAAGUUUCAUCCAGAGCAUUUUGUGUGUGCUUUCUGCUUGAAGCAACUAAAUAAAGGCACAUUUAAGGAACAAAAUGACAAACCAUACUGCCACAGCUGUUUUGAUAAGUUGUUUGGCUGAGAAAUUUAAGAAAUAAAUAACUGGAGAGAAUUAUUUUUAUUUUUAUUUUUAAAAUGUGUAAUUGCAGAAAGCUUAACUUUGUAUUUCUUUGUAUGUAUUAUUGUGUAAAUCUGUUUUCUUUUCCAGUUGUAUUUCUUAUGUGUAUAGAGAUAGACAUUUCUAAAAUGUAAUGUUGUUUUACUUGCCAAUAACUACAAAUAUGUUUUUCGGUCUCACUGCACCAUUUAGUAAGAUUUUUAGCAUUGCUUCUUCUCAUUUUAUGUUAUAUAAAUAUGUGGGACAUAAUUUUAUUGUUUACUUCUUAAAUUACAGCCAUCUAAUUUUGCAGACAGUUCAGUUACCUUUUUUUUCUGAAGACAUGAAGGUUUUGUAAUUCAUUUUUAUAAUUUUUAUGAAAGUUGUAAGAUUAUGGUAGACAGGAGUUAGUGAAUUGUACUAAUAGUCUAAGAAAUUUUCGGAAAGAAUAUAUUAUCUCUUAUCAUUUAUUUUUUGUUUUACCAAUUUUCCUGUUUCUGCAAAAUGCUGAUAGAGGUGUGCAAGUACUCAGACAAUGUGUGAUUCAUGAAUGUACAGAGAAUAGCAGCCAGUUGAUGUGAAAAUAUAUUUGUUGUUUAUCAUCUCCCUUUCCUCCUACUACACAGGGAUACUGUAAUUGUUAUCAUGUUUCUUUUUCUCAUAUGUGAGUGAAAAUACAAUGAAGUUUAUAUACAUUAAAAAUAUAGAACUGUUUGGUUUUAAGUGUAAUAGAUAUUUCUGCAAAUUUAUUUUUGUAUAAGUCAUUAUGUGUCUGUGUGUCCAGUUUGCCAUGUUAAUUUUUUCAAACUGCCUUUUUUUAUAUGAGUUAUCCUCUUUUAUGACAUCUUUGAUUUAAUGUGCCAUCAAAUUAUAUUUUGUUACUCUCACUUGAACACAAUAAAAAUUUAAUAUCUUA